AUGCCCGUAAUAAUAGACGACACCCGAAUCUCGUACUCGGAUGGUUGGCAAAUCUCUGGAACCAACGAACGGCAGGAGCAAGGACGCACCCAUUUCACGACGACGUCAGGAGCAACCGCCACGAUUACUUUUACAGGGACCUUCAUUGAAGCAUUCGGAACGAAUCCAGCGAGCCAUGCCGGAGGUCGUAUUGAAGCCCUCUUCAUAUUGGAUGGCGAAACCCCUUUCCGUCUAGAAAGGACCAGCCACGCCAGCGCGUAUUAUCGAGACUCUUGGUUCAAGCGAGAGAAUCUGCCCAACAGAGAACAUACCCUGGUUAUUCAGAACGUUGGAACACGAGUUCCACUUCAUCUGGACUUUUUUCAGAUCGAAGGUUCCUUGGUGACACCCGCACCAUCGAACCCCCCUCCACCCAACACGCCCUCUUCCCCUCCUGUAGAACCAACGUCAUCCCCCACCCCUACUUUUUUCCGCAGUGUCCGCAGCUCUUCCAUUGCUGAACCUCCACAGAGUGAGAGGGAGACUCCUACGCCAACGACUAAUCUCCUUCAAUCUUCUUCAAUAUUACCUGACCUGGACGAGUUAUUGACGACGACGACUCGGGCCGUGACCGAUAGCAGCAGGGAGAGGGGGAGUUCUAGUGGACGCAGCGAAAGUACGGGUAGACAUACGGCCGACCUUCAGACCACAGUGACGGAGCUGCAGGUGGUCACAACCUCUAUCUCCGGUCAGCCUGUGGAGAUCACGUUGGACGGGACGAAACCAUCUGGCGGAAUUUCUUCAGGCUUGCCUAUUGGAGCUGUGGUUGGAAUCUCCUUGGGAGCGGUCGCGCUGCUCAUACUUCUCGCCAUUUUCUUGGUACUUUUGUACCGUUGCCGUCAGAGAAGGAAGAGGAGGCUUGGGGGUCACAGGGGCACCUAUGCCUACGGUGGUAAUAGUGACGCUCCAGGCCUUUUCCCCUAUGAAGUGAGCGGCGGUAGACCCCUGACAUCAGAGAGCAAGACAGCACUGGUUCGAAGUGCUUCAGACAUUGGACGGCCAUUCCAACUGCUCGACGACACCGCCAAUGGCAUCGGAACUCCAGCCACGGCUGCAGGAAACACCUCCAGCUUGGCGCCCAACCCCCCUUCACUGACCCUCGAUUUUGCAGAUGAGAAAUCGCAGCCACUAUCCGACUCCAUGUCUCCAUACACUGCGACGACACCACAUGACGGCGGACGCGGUCCUUUUUCCACCCUCGCUAAUCCUUCUCGCUUCUCGUCAGGUCUCAGUUCAUAUCACAACUUCGAGGCCCCUCCUGCGUAUACCAGUGGUAGAGACUCUGACUUGUUUCCUGAAGGGCACAUAAGUGUCGCCCGAGCGUAG